GGCCAUAGGAUACCGCCACAUUGGGUUUCGAUUGCCCGUACGUCGUGCAUCCGAUACCUUCGCCAUUAAAACCCCACAGCUCUGAGGGGGUCACCACACGUGCUGCUCGACUUUACUUAGGGGACUGAUGGCUCUAGGGCUGGGCCCCGCUGCAGCGGCGGCGGCUUACAGUCCCAUGUUCGUCCUUCCCACGCUCAACUUCACCGUAAGCCAGGUGGCCGCGGUAUGCGAGACUCUUGAAGAGAGCGGGGACAUCGAGAGACUGGGCAGGUUCCUUUGGUCCCUUCCAGUAGCACAUCCGAACUGUAGUGAACUCAACAAAAAUGAAGCUGUCUUGAGAGCUCGGGCCCUUGUGGCCUUUCACACAGGCAGCUUCCGAGAACUAUAUCAUAUCCUCGAAAGCCAUCGCUUCACAAAGGCCUCGCACACAAAAUUGCAGGCUAUGUGGCUAGAGGCUCACUAUCAAGAAGCUGAAAAACUAAGGGGCAGGCCCUUAGGGCCAGUGGACAAAUAUAGAGUGAGAAAGAAGUACCCAUUGCCUAGAACUAUUUGGGACGGUGAACAGAAGACCCACUGCUUCAAAGAGCGAACCCGCAGCUUGCUGAGGGAGUGGUACCUGCAAGACCCAUAUCCAAAUCCGACCAAAAAGAGAGAACUCGCUCAGGCAACAGGACUUACACCGACUCAAGUCGGAAACUGGUUCAAAAACAGGCGACAGAGGGACCGAGCAGCUGCAGCAAAAAAUAGAUUGCUACAGCAACAGAUGCAGCAGCAGCACUUGAAACAGCAAUCGAAUGGCGGGAGCAACAACAGCUCGGUGAGCUCUAGCAUCCUCGGCGGCCACCAUCACUUACACGGCGGCAGCCCAUCGAUGAACGGGAGUAGCGGCGGCAACAACGGCUCAUCGACCGGCGGCGGAGGCACAGACUCCAAGCACCACCACCACCACCACCACCGGCGUGUCGACGGCAGUAGCGGAGCGUCCGCUCGCUGUGACGAUGACGAUGAAAGGGUCAACAUCCUCGACGAUGAUGAAGACAACACGAACGGGAGUUUCGGGAGCCUUUGCGGGAGUAGCGCGCCCCCGAGUAGUCCGGCUGCCGUUUCGACAACUUCCGAUUCUAGCCGAAGUCCUUCGCCUCACCAUGGGCAUCACACAGGCAAUAACCACAGCCAUCAUAAUCAUCACAACCACCACAGGCCACCGCAGCAGUGACCUUGAUAUAAAAAGUGAAUAAUUAUCACAUAUGAAUUCAUAUAUAAAUAUAUAAAUUUACCGUUUUCCCACUUUUAGGCACCGGUGAGGAUCGAGUCCACAACAGACAGUGAAAAUUUUGUCAGUGUGAUCCAUGAUGGACAAUGUGAUUGAUGUGACUGAUAGUAUUAUUAUUCGUCAUCGCUAGAAGUUUCUUCGAGGUUUGAUUUGCAAAAAACCAAUUUUGAAAUGCGAUGAAAUUUGUUGCUUGGAAACCAGUUUUCACUCCAGCGUCAUAUUCCUCCUCCCCUUUAAACAUUUUUUUAUUUUUAGGUUGGCAUCUUAGGAAAAAGAAGGUAAAAAUCUUUGGACAGGAAACUGAAUAUUUCUUUCUGGUUGUCUAGAUUUAAUAGUUGCACUUAUAUGAUAAGAGCAUCACUUAAAAGCUUAAAAAAUAUUAAAAACAUGUUUCAACUCAUCUCAGAUUAUUUUUCUUUUUGUGAACUAUGCUAUGAGGGACUCGGUCCUUUUCCAGUGUGUGUGUGAAUACACUCGUGCCUAGCAUUUUUCUUGAAAUUUUCCUAUUCGCUAAAUUAAAUCGCUAUUCAUAUUUCUUCAUUCAGUUUUGUUAAAUUUCAUCCGGUGGUUAUUUGCUUUCGCAUCUGCUGUAUUUUUUAAAUGUAAUAUAAUACCUAUGAAACAAUGACUGAGAAAAUUUGGCAAUGUAUUAUAGAAUUAUAUUCAGAGAUCUUUUUUCUUCUUUAGUAUUAUUCACUUUCAAGAUUAUUAAAUAGAUAUUUAAAAUGUGUACACUUUAAAAUAAGUUAAAGGAAUAAUAAUUCUUUUUUUUGGUAUAUAAUGGAUCAUUACUUAUAUAAAAUUUAUACUUAAUUUUAAUUCAUUGUGGGCUCAAAAUGAACAAAAAGAAUUAGAAACCCAGUUUGUGAGGCUGCAGAAGAAUUAUCUUUUUGUUAAAAAUGUAUGUUGCACAUUUAGUUAAAAAACUAUAUCUUUUUUUAAAUCCCUCACUUAUCUCAAAUGUCUAAAGAAAUAAUAUUCAUGAUUUAUUUAACAUUUGUAUUUUAAAUCACGAGAUUAUUUUGCGCACAAAUAAAUAUGUUAUAACUGAUAAGGUACAGCGUGACUUUAAUUUGAUAUAGGUAUGUUAAAGGAAAUAUGCAAAUUCUAAUACUGAGAAAAAAAUUUAAUUUUUUUAAAUUAUAAUAAAUUAAAAAAUACUAGGAAAGUUCUUAAUCAAUAUACAAAUUUUGCUAUACUUUUACUAUGCAAUUUUCUUAUUCGUUAACAUUAGGAGUUUAGAAAUUUUUUUAAUUAAAUAUCUAUUUUCAGUAUAGUUCCACUUAAAAACUUCAAUUUAUGUUUACGUUUUAUUUAUUUUGCAAUUAUUCUUAACCACCAUUGAUAUUUUCUGAGUAGUUUAUUUGGUACUUAAUCAAUUACAUUAUUUUUUGAAAUGAUCGAGAAACUGACCUUAAAAAUAUCAGAAUACAAUACUUUGAUAAAUAUAAAUAGAAGUAUACUCUGUCAUUUAAAGUAUUAUAAAGAUUUUAUUUUAAGUUCCUAAAUUUACUAAUCAUAAUCUUUUUUACAAAGUCUUUUUAAAUCUAAUUUUUAUGAUCCUGCUCAUCAUCAUUAUUAUCCUUCUUGAUACAUAGUCUGAUUAUAAGACAUUUGAUUUUUCGAAAACUAUUGGAUCCAUUUAGAUUACAUGCAGAAGUUAACUAGGGUUAAAAAAAAGCUAAAUUAAGUUAAAGCUAAACUGAUAAUUAAUAAUUUAUUUCAUAUUAGAUGUUUUGCCUUUUCAAUAUUACAAGGAUGAUAACUGAUUUAUUGUACAUCCGGAUUAGUUAUUUCAAGACAGAAUUAUAAAUCAGUUACUAGAACUUUCAAAUGAUUUCUAAUUGAUCAUACCCUGGAGUAGGUCUUGCUUUAAUUGAAAUAUUUCCGAAAAUUUCUGCUGAAAUAAACUUUUGAUGCGAGAAUAGCUCUCAGGGAUGAUCCCAUCUGUAAUUACAAAUUUACGCCAUGGAGUAGGAAGGGCACGCAUCGAAAAAUGUAAUUUUUUAAAAUUUUUCUUUUUCUUCAGGAUUUUGCGCCUUUAGUAUUUUCCAAAGCAUUUCUUAACUUCAUCAAAACAAAUAAAUAAAAUAAAUCAAAGUGAGGAAUAGAUGACAAAUUUUUAAGAAAUAAUUUAUAUUUUCGUAUUUUAUUCAUAUUUGUUUAUGUAUUUUAUGUACUCCCCUUUCACGACGCAUUGUUUUCGAUCUUUUAAAAACUUCAUACACUUGUCAGGAGACACAUCGUCAUGAGUUCAUCCCAGCCAUCACUGAAUCGAAACCGAUCGAUUAAUCGUAACAAAAUUGUAAUCGCUUGGGCGGCCGCCUGUUAAAAUGUCUUGUCCAAGUGACGCGGGAUAUGCUUGUCAUUUCCUCCCGGUGAAAAACACCGAUUUUAAAAAUCUAUAAAAACUAAUAAAUAAAAAGCCUUUUCCAAUUAUGAGCGAAGGCAACCGAUUCUCGCUCCUGCGCCGUUGCUCGUAAUGCAUUUCGCGACGACGUGUCAUCCAUACCUGUUUGGCUAAGGGUGCGAUAAAUACUUCCAGUGAGCGUUCAAGCAGCGAAUGUGGAAGCCAUUUAAAAGCUGUAUUUCAACUUCCGAUAAAACUCUUGUCUCACGUUUCAGCAGUUUUGAAUUUCCUAGUAAAUCGAAGGUGUUGGGAAAGCAAUUGUCUGGAUGCGUUUUUCCGGUUGCGUUGAGAUGAGAACGAAUUUACACCCAGCAUGUUACUUGAUGGUGAUAUUGCUGUUCGUGAGUAAGCAAGGUCACAGUAUUCUAGUAUUUCUCUAUGCACAUUUCAUUCAUUCUUCUGUUCCGAAUAUCACUGUAGUGAGACGAAACGUGAAAUCACUCCAGUACUAAAAUAUUCAGUUUGUUCAAGAAGCUUUUAAUUGAACCUUUUAAAACCUAAGAACAUAGUGUAAAGUCGCUAUUCAUUCUAUCAUUCUUUUUGUACCGAAGCAUAAAAUAAGUACAUUUAUUCUCUAAUACUGCAAAUUUUACAAAAAAUCAGUCAUUAGAAUGCAGACAGAACAGCGUAGAUAACAUGAAUUAGCUAUUUAUUUAUUUUUUUCUUCUUCUUAAAAUUUGUUUUCCAUCUCCGAGAAAACUACUCACAUAUUGCGAUUAUUUGUGCCAAUUUUUUUUUUCUCUUUUACCCAACUCAAUAUGAUUUUAUUCCGAUUGAGUAUGGUAUUUGAAUUUGCUUUACAUGUAUUUCGAAUUUAAUUGUCACCAACUUACUGCAGCUUAAAGCGUGUAAUUUAGGUUUUGGUUUUUUUUUUUUAAACUUAAAUGUUUACUAUUUUAAAAUAUUAUACAGAGGUCUAGAUAAAAUUAUAUUCCCCGCAUAUGUGAUGCAUACACUCAGAUUUGUAGCUACGUUUUACUACUAGUAAAAUGUUUACAAUUGUUACUAUAUUUUACUAUUGUUCAUUAAACAGCAUAACUUUAUUUUUAUUUAGUUACCUUAGUGAUCUUAUAAAAUUCCGAUGAAACUUCAGAAUCAUAUGGUAGGGCAUUACUCACUUGAAUAAAAAGAUAAUUGUUAAAUUUUUACAAAAUUUAAUUGAAUUCAUUUAGAAUAUUCAGUUUAGAAUGCUCGUCUCCCUGAGCAAGGAAAAGCUUUAAAGGAAUAAAAUUACGACAUAAUGAAUAAAACGACUCUAAUUUCCAUUUUAAAAUAGACUAUUUGCCCUCGAAAUGUUCCAUGGUAAUUUCUGUCACAAUUAUACUCAAUACCCUCAGUAGGAUGUGCUCUAGUGUGUACAGUUUUCGAAAAUAACAACAUUUCGUGCAGUCACCCACCAUGCACAGCUCAUUUCAGUUCUCAAUUUUUCAAUUUUAUCUUCUGUUGAAGAAAGUCCAAUUGUCAUCAGCUGUCUGCGAAUGGGCUAUCAGGAAGUUAUAAUUCCAGGGUGCACGCAGUGGUGGCUGGGAGUCACGAGUGCUUAAUUGGGCAUGAAUUAUCUCCCAAUCUGUCUCCCUCCUGUCCCGAGGGGCCAGUCAGGGAAUGAGGUUACCUAGUAGAAACUAAUCGUCUAUUUAUUUUGGUUUGUUGCAUCUGUAAGUUGAAUAUGUAUAUUGAAAUGCACGAAUGACAAGAUUAUUUCGCGUUGCAGUUUCCUGAAUUACCUACCAAUAUGCACAUUCCGAAAGUGUUAUAAUUAAUUUGUUUCUGAUUCUUUGCAUGUCUUUAUUGAUAAUAAAUGAAUUGAUUUUAUAAUGGUUUCUACUUUCUAAAGCCAUAAAGGCAGUGGAUACAAAUGAAAACUUUGGUGGCACUGGAAUUUUUAACAAAUGUAUCAUAAAAUUGAGAAUAAAAAUGUUUAUUAUUUAAUUUACUACAAAUUCAUAAACUUCAGGUAAUUUAUUUAAAUGCAGACAGACCAAAAUGCAAUAGCACGUAUUACAUUUUUAUUUAAAAUAAGUUUAUAUUUUUAUCGUUACAGUAGCUACUAUAUUUUUAUUUUGGUUCUUAUUAGCAUAACCGUUGCUAUUUUUCUUUUCUCUGUUAAAUUAUUUUUAUUCUUUAUACUUUUGGAAGGAAUUUCUUCCUAAAGUUCUUCGUUCUGUUAAUUGGAACAUAUUAUGUAGUUUUCCCAAAUGAAAGAUCCAAUGCAAUGAAUUUUCUUCGAUAAUGCGAUCUGUUUCACACACGUGCAGUUUAUGCUGGAAACAGAUAACCAAACUAGUCAUAUCUACGUCAGAUUCUUUACGGAGGGCGAUAGUUUAAUAUGAUCAAGUUUGUCCAUGGCUAUUUUGAUAUUAACCGAAUGAUAAUAUUAAGCAAUAAGAUAUCCUUCAAAAUAUCAACAUAUUAAGUAAGAAAAACGUGAUUAAUAGUUAAUUGUCUUCAAGUUUUACGGUAAAGUUCAUUUAUGAACUGUUUAUAUUCAUUUCCGGAUAUUAUUUGAGUGACCCUGUACCCCAUAAUCUUAAUAAGGGUAGGACAUCCCUCAUCUCAGCGUUUGUAAACAAUUCUCCUUUUCAUCAUCUUCUAGAGAAAGCUUAUCAUAAAAUGUUUUUUGGAACUUCCCCCCCCCCACCACCAGUAUUCGCCCAAGCGUUAAACUCCUCACAAUUCAUGUUAUUUUGCUAAAGUGGCUUUUAUUCCAUUACUUGGAUAAAAAAACUUUGUCAUUUAACAAUUUAGGCAUUCUAUUUCGACAUUAUUGGUUAUUUUAAGUUUUAUUUGAGGACUUUACUUCAGUUUAAAAAAUUAAUAUUAUAAUAUUUUGAUAACAUUAACCACCUUGCUAAUCCCAGUAGAGGAUGCAUUUUUAACGUUUUCGUAUACAAGUGGGCAUGACUUCGACAAUUUGUUAACAAUAUCCGAAUGAUAACAUUAACCACGAUCAGGUUAAACAGCGACUGCAGUAGUUGUUUAUAGUUAGCUUAGGUUUUGACCCAGAUGCAGCUGAUUUGCAGCUGCAUGUGUGUAAUUGAAUAUCGUAAUUCUGUUUUAAAAAAGAAAAUUUAUAAUGGGAAAAAUACAUGUAGUCCCUACCUGUUACAGCAUUGUUCGCAGACUACAAUUUUGACUAAUAUGUAUACAUUGCUAAAUUUAAAAAAAAUCAAACGUAAAUGAUAAUGUCAUGCCGGGAAAACUCACCGAAUUAAAUAAUGAUUAAUUUAGCACCACUCUCUUUCCCUGUAAACAAGUGGAUGUCCUUGAAACAUGCAGGAACAAAUACGUAGCAUCACAGAAAAUGCAGAUUUCGGAAGGAGAGAUUAAAUGAUU